AUGGAGUUUAUCAAGUUGCUUUUAGUAACUUGGACGUGUUUGUGGGGCGCGGGGCCCUGGGGCGGCUCCACCCACGCCCAUGGGGACGAGGUGGACCUCGGGGUUGGCUCUCGCCACGCUCAAAACCUGACAAUGCUCACUGACAUCAGUGAUGUUGACAGACUCAAGGAAAGAAGAGCAAUGGUCUCCUUUCUAAAAGUGCGAUGGCCGAACAAGGUAAUGCCAGUGGGAUUCGACCCUAUGUUUAGUGAGUCGUAUAAAGCGACGGUGUACCGUUCGAUGGACCUGCUCAACAACUUCACCUGUCUCCGCUUCCGCAAUGUCACAGAGCCGGAGAAUGAGCACUACCUUCAUAUCUUUGCAGGGAAGGCCUGCUCCGCCAUCAGGGGCUUUACGAGAAAUAAAAAGAAAUUCCAGAAGAUGAGCUUGGGGCGCGGCUGCAACGUCCGCGGCUUCGUCAUUCACGAACUGCUCCACGCCGCCGGCUUCCACCACCAGCAUGUGAGAGCAGACCGCAACGAUUACGUCACUAUUCACUGGAACAACAUACAAAAACAUGCGCACAUGGACUUUUCUCAAAAAGACGGGGAGCACGAUUACCUGUUGACCAUGGGUCUUCCCUACGACUUCAACAGUAUCAUGCACUAUUCGAAAAACGCCUUCGCCAUAGAUAACAAACAUCACCCCACCAUAGAGAUUAAGAAACACUUUCCUGGGAGGUUAGGACAGCACAAGGGUCUAUCCCGCACAGACAUAGCGAUGCUCAACCGUCUCUACGAGUGCUGGGAUCACUACCUGGGAGACGACAUCCCAGACGCCGUCGACUACAAAGAGUUCAACUCCAGGUACUUCAAGGAGAAGACCGACCAAGCCACGCCCGUCUCCGACGAAUUUAAAUUAUGGCUUCAUUAUAUGAGGUCGCUUCACCAGUGA